CACACAGCGGCAAUACAGUCAAUGACGGGAACUCCGCAUGACAAAUCACACUUUCUUUUUCAUUUCUGACACUUUCAGCUGGGACCUUUUCUACUCAACGUGAAUAUGACUUAUUACUUGAUGCUCCAGAAUGGAAAGUCUCAAACGGACAACGCGGACGCGUCCGAGCCCGAGCCAAAACCUGAAACGCAAAGCGAGAAGACAGAAGCGACCGAGAGCGCCGCGUCUCACGCAGAGAGCCAGUCCACAGACACCGACUCCACUCGGUUCCCCCUAACCGUCUAUCCCAAGCUGGAAAUCAAGCGUCAUGCCGUGACCGAGGACUACAAAGUCUCAAGUCAAGUGUUGGGUCUGGGUGUUAACGGCAAAGUGGUGGAGUGCUAUAACAAGAAAACCGGACAAAAGUGCGCGCUGAAGAUUCUGUACGAGUGUCCCAAAGCCCAGAGAGAAGUGGAACUGCACUGGCGAGUAUCCGGGGGGCCACAUAUAGUUCGGAUCCUCAGCCUCUAUGAAAACAUGUAUCGUGGGAAAAAGUGUCUUCUCAUAAUUAUGGAAUGUAUGGAGGGGGGAGAGCUCUUCAGCAGAAUUCAGGCCAGAGGAGACCAGGCCUUCACGGAGCGAGAGGCCUCUGAGAUCAUGAGAGACAUCGGCACAGCCAUCCAGUAUCUGCACAACAUGAACAUUGCACACAGAGAUAUCAAGCCGGAGAACCUGCUUUACAAUUGUAAAGAAGACAUUGGAGUUCUCAAACUAACAGACUUUGGCUUUGCUAAAGAGACUUCACUGCAUAACCCAUUACAGACGCCUUGCUACACGCCGUAUUAUGUAGCACCAGAGGUUUUAGGCCCUGAGAAAUAUGACAAAUCAUGUGAUAUGUGGUCUUUGGGUGUGAUCAUGUACAUCCUGUUGUGUGGAUUCCCACCGUUCUACUCCAACACAGGACAGGCUAUUUCACCGGGAAUGAAGCGGCGCAUUCGCAUGGGCCAGUACGAGUUUCCCAACCCGGAGUGGGCUGAAGUAUCUGAGGAGGCCAAACAGUUGAUUCACCAGCUAUUGAAGACUGACCCCAAUGAAAGAAUGACCAUUGAACAAUUCAUGAACCACCCCUGGAUCAAUCAAUCCAUGGUGGUUCCCCAAACGCCUCUCCACACCACACGAGUGCUGACAGAAGACAGCGAGAUGUGGGACGAGGUCAAGGAAGAGUUAACCAGUGCAUUGGCCACCAUGCGUGUAGAUUACGAGCAGGUGAAGAUUAAGGACUUGGAUGCCUCCAGUAACCCCUUGCUGAACAAGAGACGCAAGAAAGCAGCGACAGGGGAGAAGAGUGGAGGAAGCGGAUGCAGUAGCCAAUGAAGGACUGGAGAUGAAGAACAGACAGAUCAAUGACACGAAGGGAAGUGCAAGAUCAGAUAAAAGGAGUCAAGAGCAAGAAUGGAAGCAUAGUGAAAUAGAUGGGCUCUC